GGUUUACUUUAACCUCACAAUCACAUCACAACUUUAUUAUAACUUUUACUACUUUUGUAAUAAUGUUUAUAAAAUUUCUAUUAAACCAUGGUAAAACCAGCAUAGUUUGCUACCACAGGCACUAUUCCAAUAGAAAUAUACUAAAAUUAAAAGAACGUGGCAUGUUUGAGGAUAUUUUUCCAGAUAAUUCAGCGAAUAUAGUGACUGAUUUAAUGAAUGCUCGCCCACAGACAGUUUACGCCGGUUUUGACCCCACAGCCAAUAGUUUACACGUAGGAAAUUUGUUGAUUCUUAUUAAUUUACUGCACUGGCAAAGAGGUGGACAUAAAACAAUAGCUUUGGUUGGAGGUGCCACUGCCAAAAUAGGUGAUCCUAGUGGUCGUAAUACAGAACGUGAAGAGAUAUCAAAGUCUUUCAUAGCCGAAAACAUACAAGGACUUUGUGAGAAUAUUGGCACAAUAUUUUUGAAUCAUGAGAAGUUUUUAUGGAAAGAAAACAAGUCCUUGAAACCUGUUAGUAUACUCAACAAUGCCAGUUGGUACCAAGUCAUGGAUCCAGUAGAUCUAAUUGGAGGUGCUGGAAGAUAUUUGAGGAUGGGAACAUUGUUAUCAAGGACCAGUGUUCAAACCAGACUUCAGUCUCCUGCUGGUAUGAGCUUUACAGAGUUCAGUUAUCAACUGUUCCAAGCAUAUGAUUGGUUACAUUUGUUUAAGAACCACGAUUGUUCUUUUCAGAUAGGAGGUAAUGACCAAAUGGGAAAUAUCAUGUCUGGCCAUGAACUAAUUAGUAAAUCUUGCAAAAAACCUGUCUAUGGUCUUACACUUCCACUAGUAACAACAGAAAUGGGUGAUAAAUUUGGAAAAUCAGCUGGUAAUGCAGUAUGGCUCUCUGAAGAAAAAACAUCAGCUUUUUCAUUCUACCAGUUUUGGAUGAGACAACCAGACUCAGAAGUUGAAAAGUUUCUUAAACUUUUCACAUUUGAUACAAUAGGCAGUAUAUCUGAUUUAAUGAGGCAGCACAAAGAAAAACCAGAAUUAAGGCUUCCACAAAAAAGGCUUGCAGAGCAGGUAACUCUUCUAGUUCAUGGGGAGCAAGGCCUAGAAAAAGCCAAAAAGGCGAGUGAAGCGUUGUAUGAAGCAAACAUUACAGCUCUAAGUGAAAUGAACGCCAAAGAUAUAGUACAGAUAUUUAGUGGAGCUACAAUAGUUGAAAUUUUACCUGAAGCUGGACAAAGUAUCUUAGAUUUAGCUAUGAAAGCAAAAUGUUUUCCAACUAAACAAGACGCUGUGAGGAUAAUUUCUGCAGGAGGAUUUUAUAUUAAUCAUCAAAAAGUCAACAAUCCUAGUGAGGUAAUAAAUCUGUCGAUCCAUAGACUGAAGAAUAACUCGACGUUACUUAGGGUAGGAAAAAGAAACUAUUAUAUUAUUAAGUGGAUUUAAAAUAUGUACAGUUCUUUAUAAAAUCUGUAAAUAAAGUUUUUUAAUAAU